UGAAGUUUGUCUGUCUUCUGGAUAAGGGGGUUGCCGAGUUAAAGUUGCUGUUCACUGCGCAUGCGCACUAAAGUUGAUUCCGUUAGCUGUCAGUAGAAUGUUUUCCUCCUCUCUAAUGGACCAAACUCAACGCAGCGACCAGCGGCUAGCUUCUUAAAUGUAUCCAGACUUAAAGGGAAGCAACACACUGUGAAUUUAUGGAGUUUUAAAACAACAAAAUGUCUUUAUCGGGCUGUUUUCGGAGACUUGAGGUCUGUGAGUACAAACUUGGACACUGUCGUUGUGCCCAGGAGCACUCACGGUAACGUUCCAACGGCUACUGAAGUUGCCUUAAAAAGUUGGCACCGUUCUUCAAGACGAGGAUUCAUUUUACGUUUUGUACACUUCAGUAAUGAAAACAGCAUACUUGUAAGUAACUUCUAAUUAUGGUAAGCACUCUAUCGACGAGUGUAGCGUAGAACCGGAGUAAAACAGGAUUUAAAGGAGCCGGACAGGUAGCCCCGCUGCUCCGUUGCGAUGGGCAACCGCGGGAUGGAGGAUCUGAUCCCGCUGGUCAACCGCCUACAAGACGCCCUGAGCAGCGUGGGACAGAGCUGCAGCCUCCACCUGCCGCAGAUCGCUGUGGUGGGCGGCCAGAGCGCCGGAAAGAGCUCCGUCCUGGAAAACUUUGUGGGCAGAGACUUCCUUCCACGUGGUUCAGGAAUUGUCACUCGUAGACCUUUAAUCCUCCAGCUGCUUAGUGGUAACACGGAGUACGGUGAAUUUCUCCACUGUAAAGAAAAGAAGUUCACAGACUUUGAUGAGCUACGCAAGGAGAUUGAGACAGAGACAUGCAGGCUCACAGGAUCCAAUAAAGGCAUCUCUCCUGUCCCCAUCAACCUGCGGAUUUAUUCACCACAUGUACUGAACCUGACCCUUGUGGACCUGCCUGGCAUCACCAAGGUGCCUGUAGGCGACCAGCCAGCAGACAUAGAGUACCAGAUACGAGACAUGAUUAUGCAGUACAUCUGUAAGGAAAACUGUCUCAUCCUGGCUGUCACGCCAGCCAACACUGACCUGGCAAACUCUGACGCACUCAAACUGGCUAAAGAUGUUGAUCCACAGGGCCAGCGCACAAUUGGUGUAAUCACUAAACUGGACCUGAUGGAUGAAGGAACAGAUGCUCGGGAAAUACUAGAGAACAGGUUGCUUCCUCUACGCAGAGGUUACAUAGGGGUGGUGAACCGCAGUCAGAAGGACAUUGAUGGGAAAAAGGAUAUUAAGGCAGCUCUGGUUGCAGAGCAGAAGUUCUUCAUGUCCCAUCCAGCCUACAAACAUAUGGCUGAAAAAAUGGGCACCCCAUAUUUACAAAGAAUGCUUAACCAGCAACUGACAAACCACAUCCGGGACACUUUGCCUGCCUUCCGUAGUCAUCUGCAGACCCAGCUUCUGGCCUUGAACAAAGAGGCUGAAGAGUACAAACAGUAUAGUCCUGAUGACCCUGCACGCAGGACCAAGACACUGCUACAGUUAGUCCAGCACUUGGCUGUCGACUUUGAGAAGCUAAUCGAGGGUUCAGGUGACAAAGUAGACACCAUUAGUCUGUCAGGAGGUGCUAAAAUCAACCGCAUUUUCCAUGAACGCUUCCCCUAUGAACUGGUCAAGAUUGAGUCAGAUGAGAGGAAGCUGCGGCGGGAGAUCAACUAUGCCAUCAGAAACAUCCAUGGUGUCAGGACAGGUCUGUUCACUCCUGACAUGGCCUUUGAAGCCAUAGUGAAGAAACAAAUAUCAAGGAUAGAGGGGCCGUGUAUGAAAUUUGUUGAUAUGGUCAGUCAAGAACUAAUCACCACUGUGCACCAGUGUAUCAAUAAGCUCAGUUCCUUUCCCAAACUGCAAGAUGAGACACAGAGAAUUGUAACCACUGAAAUACAACAACAAGAGAGUAAAUGCAGGGACCAGGUCAUGAUGCUAAUUGACAUACAGCUAGCCUACAUUAAUACAAAACAUGAGGAUUUCAUCGGCUUCACUAAUGCUCAGCAGGCAUACAACCACAACAAUAAGAAGAUUGUAGCAGGGGUAGCAGGAAACCAGGGUGUGGUCCCUCUUUCAAGUCUAAUAGUUGUCCGCAAGGGCUGGCUGACCAUCAGCAACAUUGGCAUCAUGAAGGGUGGAGCCAAGGAAUACUGGUUUAUUCUCACUGCAGAGAGCCUGUCCUGGUUCAAGGAUGAUGAGGAGAAGGAGAAGAAGUACAUGCUUCCUCUGGACAACUUAAAGCUCAGAGAUGUGGAGAAGGGGUUCAUGUCCAGCAAAUUUGUCUUUGCUAUCUUCAACACAGAGUUAAGGAACGUGUAUAAGGACUACAAAUGCCUGGAGUUGGCCUGUAACUCUCAGGAAGAGCUGGACAGCUGGAAGGCGUCUUUUCUACAGGCUGGAGUCUACCCUGAAAAAGUCACUGGAAAUGGAUCUCCUGAUAACUUCACAGACCCCCAGCUGGAGCGUCAGGUGGAAACCAUUCGAAACCUGGUUGACUCCUACAUGAACAUCAUCUAUAAGACCAUCAAGGACCUAAUGCCAAAGACCAUUAUGCACCUCAUGAUUAACAGCGUGAAGGAGUUCAUUAGCUCUGAGCUCCUGGCCCAGCUCUAUGCUCUGGGAGAAUGCUCAGCACUGAUGGAUGAGUCACCGGAGCAGAAGCGCCACCGGGAAGAAGUGCUCUGCAAACAUGCUGCCCUGAAGGAGGCGCUCUCUGUCAUCGGAAAGAUCUCCACCUCCACCUGCACCACCCCUAUGCCUCCACCUGUAGACUCUUCCUGGAUACAGCCCUCCAGCUUGACACUCCCUAAUAACUCAGUGACCAGUGGCAAGACAGUGGUUCGUGGCCAUGCCCCAUCAGUUCCCCGGCCACCCGCUCACACCGGACCCACUGCUUUCCAGAGCACUGAUGGCCUUCAGCAGCGAGCUGGCCAACCUCACCGCGCUCCACCAAGUGUGCCAAGGAGGUAUCCCCCAGCCAUCCCAAAUGUGAAAUAAUAGUCCUUUCUGCUCAGAACUCCAUUACCCAUCGACCCCAGUGAUCCUUCCAGCUGCAGCUGACUGCUACCCAGAGACACCCAGUGACCUGUAUGAUGUGUAAUCCAGCUGAAGCACUACACUGGGCUUCUCUCUGUCUCUUCUGGGAGCUGCUGUCUGCUAAAUUCACCGAGUCUUGAGCCUGUUUUGUACAUAAUAUCAUUGGCCAUAAAGGCUGGAAUGUGCUCGACUGUCUCCUGACUUUUCUGAAGUGCCUGAACUUUGUGUAAAUAAAAUACCAAUUGUGAUCUAUUAUACUAAAAGAGAAUACACAUGCACUACUUUUACUGUUUUUGAAUAAACAGGUGUUUUAUUUUUGAA